AUGGCAGUAUCGAGGUGUCUGGAGAGAUUGCUACUGCUUUUGCUGGCGGCAUUCUUGCCGUCUGCUUUGUUAGCUCAGGACAGUACUAGUACAGCAGAGCAAGCGGGUGAUGCGACUGCUGGUGGCAGCGGUUCCUUGAGAUAUGAGCCAAUAGCCAGUCUAGACGAAACAGCCUAUCUUGGAACUUGGAAGCAAGCGUACGCCUCUUUCACUGUGAUUUAUACGUUUGAGUUGGGAGGGAACUGUGUGACAGCAGAUUACUAUGCGACGGAAAAGAACAGAACCGUUCGAGUUGAGAACAAAGUUCGUCCUUUUGGUGACCGAGGCAAUGGUUAUCAUAGAGGCUACGAGGAAGACAAACCCAAGGACAAGGAGGACUAUUGGGAGGAGAUCGUCAAUGAUUGCCUGACACUGACUGUGAAUGGAUGGCUCACGCAGUCACCGGAUGUAGAUGGACAAGGAUAUGUUGAGCUUCAGCCUGGCCCACUACCCUUUGGCAUUGGAACUCCUGAUAUCGAUGAUGUAAUGUACAUGCCACCUGGAAACUAUUGGAUCAUGAUGCUGGGACCAAUUCGAAAUGGAGAGUACCAGUAUUCGGUUGUCACUGAUGGGGAGCCCAAGUCGCAGCUGUACAUUCUAGUCCGUGAUGUCGACGAAUUCGAGCAACGAUGGAAGGCUGACGUUCUUUGGCAGGUGGAAAAGUGGGGAUUCACCGGGUUUACCAACAGGCCCCGAAAGACCAACCAGGAAGACUGUGGAUACCCCACGGGAGCGCAUCCGGAUGAUGAUUAUUACAAAGAUGACCAUUACAAGGACGACUAUUACAAAGAUGACUACUACAAGGACGACUACUAUAAUGACGACCAUCGUCCAAAGCACGACGACUGGUGA